UUCUCUGCUGUUAUUGGGUUUUAUUCUGUGAUAAAGACACUGCGCUGAGUUCCCCCUCUGCAGAUAUUACGUUUUUGUUUUGUGCCAAAGAGGCAAUAUUAGACUGUAUAUAAGAUAUUCGACUGUAGCGGGACUAUUUUGGAAAAAAUAAUAAUAAUAAUUUUUUCAAUAUAAAUAUGAAAAUUGCUUGCUCAAGAGCCCAACAGCUGUGCGGAUCUUAUCCUGGCUGCGCUGGGGAUUGAACCACCAACCUUGCGGGUCCCAGUCAUGCGCCUUCUUAACCGCUGUUUUUUGGUGACGUGACAGAAAUGGCCACACCCAGAGUGAUUAACCUGAGCACGCGCGAGGGGCGGAGCUUCGGCUUCUACCUGCGGGAGGAGCGCGGCGAGGAGGGUCACCUGAUCCGCAACCUGGAGCCUGGAGGCCCGGCCGAGCUGGCCGGCAUUAAAGACGGGGACCGCAUCCUGAGGGUCAACGGGGUGUUUGUGGACCGCAAGGAGCACUCACAGGUGGUGGAUAUGGUGAAGAACAGCGGGACCACUGUCACGUUUCACAUCCUGGACAAGGCCUCCUACCAAGAGGCCGUGGGGGCCGGGGUGGACCUGUCCAACCCCCAGCCCCGCCCCACCCAGGCGCAGCCUGUGAUGAACGGGGUGGCCGGGUCGACGCCCAAACCCAGGCUCUGCUUCCUGGCCAAGGCCAAGAGCGGGUACGGCUUCUCCCUCAAGUCCACUCUCGGGGAGAAGGGGAUUUUCAUGAUCAACCUGACCCCGGGAGGUGUGGCAGAGAAGGCAGGGGUGAAGGCCCAAGACCGCGUCGUGGAAGUCAACGGUGAAAACGUGGAGGACACCACCCAUGAGCAGAUCGUGGAGAAGGUGAAGGCCUCGGGUGCCAGCGUCGUGUUCCUAGUGGCUGACGAGGAGAUGGACAGCUACUGCAGGAACAGGAAGCUGAAACUGUGCGCGGAGCUGGCCACCUGCAAGCUCCUCCCAUACAAGCCGCGCAUCGCCGACAUGGCGAAAGGCUCAGACGGCUACGGCUUCUACCUGCGCGCCGACCCCGAGAGGGAAGGCCACUUCAUAAAGGACAUCGACAGAGGCAGCCCAGCCGAGGCGGCGGGGCUGAGGGACAUGGACCGCCUGGUCGCCGUGAACGGGCAGGAAGUGGAGUCCCUGGGCCACGAGCAGGUCGUGGACCGAAUCCGCCAGUGCGGGGAGUCCUGCUCCCUGCUGGUGGUCGCCGAGGAGACCAACAACAUGUACAAGAUGGCUGGAGUGUCUCCCCUCCUCUACUGGAAGGAGGUGAGGGGGUCCCCCCCAGCGUCGCCCAAGGGGGGUACGCCCACCCCCGAACCGGCGCCUACGCCGCCCCCUGCCUUGGCCCAGCCAAUCGCUGAAGACUACAAACCCAAACUGUGCAAGCUGGAGAAGACUGCCGACGGGUUCGGCUUCCACCUCAGCGGGAUUCACGGGGCGCCGGGCCAGUAUCUGAAGGAGGUGGUGAAGGGCGGAGUGGCUGACCAGGCGGGCCUGCGGGACGGGGACGUGGUGGUGGAGGUGGGCGGGCAGAACGUGGAGGACUGCACUCAUGAGGAGGUGGUGGAGAAGAUCAGGAGGUGCGGGGGCAGCCUCGUCCUGCUGGUGGCUGAGAAACAGGCCUACAACUUCUUCAAGGCCCGGAAGAUUCCGGUCAACACCCAGCUGCUGGAACAGGCCAGUUCCGACACCCCAGAGACACCUGGGACACCUGAGUCCUCCGACACACCUGAGACCCCCAACACACCUGAGACAUCCGCCACACCUAAUAAUGAGACAUCAAACACACCUGAGCCCCCCACCACACCUGAGACCCCCAACACACCUGAGACAUCAAACACACCUGAGCCCCCUGCCACACCUGAGACCCCCAACACACCUGAGACAUCAAACACACCUGAGACAUCAAACACACCUGAGCCCCCUGCCACACCUGAGACAUCCAACACUCCGGAGAUCCCUGCCACACCUGAGACCCCCGACACCACACUAGGACAGGGAAGAGAGGAAGAGGAGGAGAAGGAAGAAGAAGAAGAGGAGGAGAAGAGGAGUGAGAAAGGAGCAGAGCAGGGAGAGGAAGCAGGAGAAGGGCAGCAGGAAGAGGCGGGGCGAGAGGAGGAAGUGAACAGUCCGGCCGCCCCACCCAGCCAAUCAGAGCCUGGCGUCAGGAAAGUGUCCGUGUCCUCCGUGGCGUCGUCCGGUCCGGGUGAAGACGAGAGGCUCUGAGGGUCCGGGAGCCCCGCCCCGCCCGCCCC